GCCACCCCCACACCCGCUGACCCGCUGUAUAGCUUCGUGUCGUGAUAGUGAUAAAUUUUCACUGCAUGUUGCAUGGCAUGCCUCUAUACUUACAUCAGCAAAGUUUCUUCUAACAUCAGUGAGUUAAGCAAGCAGCCCUGCUAUACGCCGUUCUAAGAUAAGUGAGAGACGUAAACCUGCACCAUGGACACUUCUAUGACAGGAAACCAAAUCCGGAAGACAUUCCUGGAUUUCUUUAUUGAAAAAAAGGGACACAAAUAUGUCCAUUCUUCAUCUACAAUACCCCUGGAUGAUCCAACUCUACUCUUUGCUAAUGCAGGAAUGAAUCAGUUCAAGCCCAUUUUCCUGGGCACUGUUGAUCCUAAUUCUGAUAUGGCCAACUAUGUAAGAGCUGUCAACACACAAAAAUGUAUUAGAGCUGGAGGGAAGCACAAUGACCUUGAUGAUGUUGGCAAGGAUGUGUACCAUCAUACUUUCUUUGAAAUGUUAGGGAACUGGUCCUUCGGGGAUUACUUUAAAAAAGAAAUCUGCUCUUGGGCUUGGGAACUGUUGACUGAAGUUUACAAACUGCCUGCAAACAGAUUGUAUGUAACAUACUUCGGUGGAGAUGCUGCCUCAGGCCUUGAACCAGAUCUAGAAUGCAAGAAUAUUUGGCUAAGUUUGGGAUUGUCCGAGUCACACAUAAUUCCAGGAAACAUGAAAGACAAUUUCUGGGAAAUGGGAGAGACUGGGCCAUGUGGCCCAUGCUCUGAGUUACAUUAUGAUAGAAUUGGUGGCCGUGAAGCUGCUCAUCUUGUCAAUAUGGAUGACCCAGAUGUCUUGGAAAUAUGGAACUUGGUUUUCAUUCAAUUCAAUAGAGAGUCUGAUGGAUCAUUGAAGUUGUUGCCUAAGAAACACAUUGACUGUGGAUUGGGCCUGGAAAGACUGGUCUCAGUGAUCCAAGAUAAAAGAGCUAACUAUGAUACAGACUUCUUUACACCUUUGUUCCAAGCUAUAGAAAAGGGAACUGGUAUCCGACCAUACUCAGGAAAAGUUGGUGCUGAUGAUGUUGAUGGUAUAGACAUGGCUUACAGAGUUCUAGCAGACCAUGCUAGAACAUUAACAAUUGCACUAUCUGAUGGAGGGUAUCCUGAUAAUACAGGAAGAGGAUAUGUGCUGCGUAGAGUUCUGAGAAGGGCAGUCCGGUAUGCCACUGAGAAACUGAAUGGAAAACCAGGGCUAUUUGGUUCUCUUGUACAUACAGUUGUAGAAUUGUUAGGUGAUGUUUUUCCUGAAAUCAGAAAGGAUCCUGAAGGUGUCAUUCAGAUCAUCAAUGAAGAAGAGAUCCAAUUUUUGAAAACUCUUACAAGAGGAAGAAACUUACUUAACAGAACAAUUGAAAAACUAAAUGAGAGUAAAGUUGUGCCUGGGGAUGUAGCAUGGCGUUUGUAUGAUACCUAUGGAUUCCCUAUUGAUCUGACACAGUUGAUGUGUGAAGAAAAGGGUUUAACUAUUGACAUGGUAGCUUAUGAAAAAGCAAAGAAAGAAUCUCUACUGGCUUCACAGGGCAAAACUGCUGGACAAGAAGAUUUACUAGCACUAGAUAUUCAUGCUCUUAGUGACUUACAACAAAGAGGAAUCCCAGUAACAGAUGACUCACUGAAGUAUAAUUACAAGUCAUCUACUGCAAAAGAUGCAAAAUAUGAGUUUUCUCCUAGUACUGGAACAGUUGUUGCUUUAAGAAGUAACAAACAGUUUGUGAAUGAAGUGUCUUCUGGUAUGGAGUGUGGCCUUAUUCUAGACAAAACCAGUUUUUAUGCUGAACAAGGAGGACAAAUUUAUGAUGAAGGCUACAUGGUCAAAGUAGGUGAUGACAGUGUAGAAUUCACUGUAAAAAAUGUGCAAGUCAAAGGUGGAUAUGUACUUCAUACUGGUAAAGUAGAAGGUACUUUGAAAGUAGGUGAUACUUUAUCCUUACAUAUUGACACUGAAAGACGACGUCUGAUCAUGAACAAUCAUACUGGCACUCAUAUUCUUAACAAUGUGUUAAGGAAAGUUCUUGGCAAUGAUUCAGACCAACGAGGCUCCUUAGUUAUGCCUGAUCGCUUGAGAUUUGACUUCACAAACAAAGGUCCAAUGACAACAAAGCAAAUCAAAGAUGCUGAAGAUGAAAUAAGAAAAAUCAUUGAAAACAAUAAAACUGUCUAUGCUAAACACACAAGUUUAACACUUGCCAAAAACAUUAAUGGCCUUAGAGCCAUGUUUGACGAGCAGUACCCUGACCCAGUGCGUGUAGUGUGCGUAGGUGUCCCUAUUGAAGAACUAGAGAAGAAUCCCGAAAAACCAACAGGUUUUGAGACAUCUGUCGAAUUUUGCGGUGGUUCUCAUCUUCAUCAAACAGGUCAUAUUGGUGACUAUGUAAUUGUUAGUGAAGAAGGUAUUGCUAAAGGUAUUCGUAGAAUUGUGGCUUUGACAGGACCAGAAGCCACUAAAGCUGUAAAUCGGCUAAGUGUUCUCGAGAAUGAAGUCAACAAUAUUGCAAAUCUUAUCAAAGAGAAAGGAGAUGCCAACAACAAGGAAAUUGUCAAAAGCAUUGUUGAACUUACAAACGAAAUAUCGCAGGCACAGAUAUCAUACUGGAAGAAGGAUGAGUUGAGAACAAUGCUUAAAAAUUUGAAGAAGCAACUUGAUGAUAAGGAGAGAGCCGCUAAAGCACUUGUUAUUAAUGAAAUUACAGAGAAGGCGAAGCAAAUGUGCCUUGAACAAAAAGAUGCUGAGAUCAUUGUUGCUGAGCUGAAAGCAUACGGCAACACAAAGGCUUUGGAUGGAGCCCUAAAGCAAGUGAAACAACACUGCCCAACUACUGCAGCUAUGUUCUUCACUGUUGAUGAUGAAACAAACAAAAUAUACUGCUUGGCUGCAGUGCCGAAAAAUGCCAUUGAAAAAGGUCUACUUGCAUCAGAAUGGGUUCAAAGUGUCAAUGCGAUCCUGGGAGGGAAGGGCGGCGGCAAGGCCGAGUCCGCCCAGGCCUCCGGCAGCAACCCUAAAGCCAUAGAAGAAGCCAUCGCUGCGGCUAAGAAAUACGCAGUAUCCAAGCUGUCGUAAACCUCAAUGCUUCGCAAAUAUUGAUUCUAUAUGCCUUACAAAUUGCAUUUUCAUUACACUUUCUCAUUCAAUAUUUAUACUUACAAGAGUGCUCAUUGUAUCAAUAGUUAGUUUUUUAUAAUAAAAAGUUUAUAAAAUA